AUGGCUGCAGAAGAUUGUAUCAAGGUAUGUUGUGAAAUAAAUCAUUUAUUCAACCUUUACCAGUUCCAGAGGCUUAUGAAAUGUUCUGAGAGUAAGGAUCGUACUCUAAUAACCGGUUGGACAGCUGGCUACCAGGACUUUGUUCCGUAGCUCAUAACAACGUGGUGCGUUACAAAUGGGUUUAUUUCCUUCUAGCGACAUUCCGGCUUCGCGAAGUCAAGAUUUUAUCCACUUUGCUCCGUAGCUCAUAAUAACGUGGUGCGUCACUAAUGGGUUUAUUUCCUCCUUGCGACAUCCCGGCUUCGCGGAAUCAAGAUUUUAUUAACUUUGCUUCGUCGAAGAAACACUUGUCAAACAUGUGAAUUGAAAGCUCCUGCUAACAUUUAUGCUGAUCACAAUCAACUACGUUCAUUAAUUUAGCGAUAAUAGGCUUAAAGGAAGAAUGUUACCGUAAAGAGGAAAUUGAUAAUGAUGAUUAAAUAAUUAAGUAAAAUAUGAAAGAACUAUGGAUGCCCGCAAUUUCAGAAUACCCCGAAACUCAUUUACAUGUCAUUGACUAAGAAUAGCGUCUAUUGUGUUAUGCCUCGAUCUUCAAAGCCUCCCGACACAUGUAAGUGAGGCGGACGAAAGUGGCCGGGUAUUCUGAAGUUUAGCCGGAUGCCCUAGGUGGAAAACUUACCGGUGUUCAGAUCAUGAACUUUAUUGUUUAGUUUAUUUAACUUUAUUGUUCAGUUUAUUUAACUUUAUUGUUCAGUUUAUUUAACUUUAAUGCCUUCCCUCUUGGUGAUGAAAUUUAGGAAACCGCGGGCAUUCAUGUAAACGUGUCGUUAGCGGUUUAGGAUCCGAGAAAUACGCAUAUUCAUUUUGUGGCCAGCCAGUGUGAUUUAUUCAACCGAUUCGAAGGAAUCAUGAUCUUUUCAUAAAUAAGGGAAAAUUUUCUCCAUUAGGGUGUUAUUAAGGUUAUAUUUUUCAUUUGAAAUGUAAAAGGGACAUAGUAAUUACUGAAUUUGUUAACUGGAGAGGUAUUUGCAUUUAGAACGAGGGUGACACUCUCUGGCUUAAAAAUUGACAGAAAAUUUUCUCCAUUAGGGUGUUCUCAAGGUUAUAUUUUCAUUCGCAAAAGUAAAAGGGACAUAGUAAUUACUGAAUUUGUUAACUGGAGAGGUAUUUGCAUUUAGAACGAGGGUGACACUCUCACGCUUAAAAAUUGACAGAAAAUUUUCUCCAUCAGGGUGUUAUUAACUAAAGGUUAUAUUUCUCAUUUGAAAAGUAAAAGGGACAUAGUAAUUACUGAAUUUUUUAACUGGAGAGGUAUUUGCAUUUAGAAUGAGGGUAACACUCUCUGGCUUAAAAAUUGACAGAAAUUUUUCUCCAUUAGGGUGUUAUUAAGGUUAUAUUUUUCAUUUGAAAAGUAAAAGGGACAUAGUAAUUACUGAAUUUGUUAACUGGGGAGGCGACCUGCACUUAUUUUUACAGAUUCCAGAUAACUAUGAAGGUUAUUCCCUGGAUAUGUUUUGCCUACCAAAACACUAUGAGAAUGAUGUAGAAUCAAUUAUGAUACCAAAAGGACUAAUUCAUGACAGGUAAGAGACCAGUGAUGGAUAAUUUUUAAAGGGGACCGUUGUUUAUGCUGAGUGAUCUUCUACCUCAUUAUAUCUCAUUUAAUUCAUGUGCUAUGAUUGGUCAAUUUAGCUGGCCUUCUUUCACUGUAAGGCUCACUAAAUUUGAAAGUUUUUUAGAAUUAAAAUAUUACUUCUCUGUUUGAAUCCAGAGAUAACAAAUAUCUAAGCCUUUUCUUUUUUGGUCUGUGCUGUUAGUUACAAAACCUUGUUUUUUCCAUUCAGAUUUUUGGGCUACACCCUUUGUGUGUGGGCCACAAAUCCAACUGGAAAAAAAUUGGUCUGUAACUUACAGUACAACCUUCAACUCAGUUAGUAAGAGAUAUUUUUCCAAAAUUAGAUAGUAUAGAAGAAAUUUCCCACUGUUUUACUUGAAGAGAGUAUAAUUAGCCCUGAAAGAAACAGUCCUAAUUUUGAUGAGAAUGAAUUAACUCCAAAAGGUACUGCAGACUAUGGUUCACCUUGAGCUCCCUCUUUCUCAAAUUGAAUAUAGUUAAAUCACUUUGGUUGCAAAAUAUUACUAUUAGAUGUAGUUAUCAGGAAAACUGUUGGAUGCUUCUAAUUGAAUCAUUUUUUACAUCACUUUUUCUUAUAAAAGUAAGAGAUUGCACUGAGAUUGCAGCUCUAAUUACUUUGCAUUCUUUAAUCAAUUAUAAAUUAGAAUUGAAAGACUGGCCAGAAAUAUAUGCCGUGAUGUUGACAAAGGCCCACUCAUUGGAUUGUGUGUACUAAAAGGAGGAUAUCAGUUUUUUGGUGAUCUAAUGAAUUGCAUCAGGACCAUAAAUGCUAAUAUGGGUAAGGUAAAAUGAAGAUUCAAAUCAAGAUUUUGUGACUUUCCUUAAAAAAUAGAUUUUGAUGAUGAGUAAUUAUUCUUUGUUUUAAACAGAUCGGUCAAUCCAGAUGUCAGUUGACUUCAUCCGAUUGAAAAGCUAUGAGGUACCUGUAAUUAAAAAUUUAUUUUGAAAACAGCCAAUUGUCUCAAGAAAUUUUUCAAGAGCUUCUGCUCCUAAGUGACAAUGCAACAGAAGUUCUAUACUUGUUUAUUGUAAACAUGUUCUCUCUAAGGAAGAUCGAGAUUGCUUUUGAGAGGCAGUUGUGUGAUAGAAACUCAGUCUGUCCAAUGGUAAGAUGGUGGGACUCUUCAUUCAAAGGCUUGUGCCCAUACUUAGCCUGACCAGGGUCAUGCUCUGUCUUUGGAGGAAACUAUUCAACAUAAAUUACUGCUGAGGUGCUUCUCUCUUUGACCACAAGAUUGAAAAUCAGUUCCAGUUAACUCUCAAGAAAAUCCUAGAGAGAAUUUGAGAGCAAGUUAUCUGUAGCUUAGUAAUCAUUUUAAGACAAAUUGAAUCUUUGUUCAGGAUGACCAUUCCUCAGGAGAAGUAAAAGUCAUAGGAAGUGAUGACCUGUCUGCACUAAAAGGAAAGGUAAGUGAAAUUUGUAGCAUGACUUAUUGCUAUUGUUGUCUCGUAAUUGUUGAGUUAAUGAAACUGAGUUUUGCUUAUCAGUUCCUUUAUGUACAUUGUUGUAUUUUCAGUGAUAUACAGUUGAGUAAUAUCUUUGUUCUAUGAUGUGUGGUAAAUAAUACUUGUAGAUAGAUACAUUUAACUGUAUUUUAGAUAGUGUCAUGGUGGAAGUAAAUUGGAAGAAUUUAGAAAAUAGAGAAUACCAAUUUCACUUAUUUAUGUAGACUAAUAACAACUCUCUUAUAUUCUGUCAUUUGUUGUAAGAACUAACACUGAUAAUUCUUUAUAUUUCCUCUCUAGCACAUUUUAGUUGUUGAGGUAGGUUUACAACAGAAAGUAAAGUUACUUUUCUUGCAUGCAAACUUUUUUAUGUCUACUUCAUAGACUUACAAAUCCAAUCAGAGGUUACCUUUUUUUUUUCCCCUACGUAUAACGUACAAGUUUUAAAAUAACUUACAUUCAUUACUAGGAGCAGAGCAUGUACCAUCUUUACCCUUCAACUCUUGACCCCAUUGCCGCUUGCCAAUUUUGCUCCAGAUAGCUAAAGAGGUCACUGACCUUUAAAAAUUUUGGAAACCUGUGGGUCUCUAAGAAAUGGUGUUUUGACAUCUUGCAAUCUCGUAGUAUCAUGAGACAAAGAAAUCACUGUGUUUUUUAUGCUUUUUUUUUCAAUUUUUUUUUUUUACAGGAUAUCAUAGAUACAGGUGCAACUAUGCAGAAACUACUAACCACUCUUCAGAAGUUCAAACCUGCAACUGUCAAAGUGGCAAGGUAAAACUUUGAUAUACUUCUUUACCCAGGAUAGCUGAUUGUUUUCCUUUUUGGCAAAAAAUGCAAAAUUGUGGAUCGUAUCUUUGAAGCAUUUUUUAUUUUAUUUAUUCACUUUUAUUUUUUCAAUCACUAGUUUGUUGGUGAAGAGAACACCAAAGAGUAAUGGAUAUCGUCCAGAGUGUAAGUAAUUCCUACAAGACACAAAACUGUAUUCUUUUACCGGUAUUCAUUUCAUGUUUUUUCUUUUAUAGAGGCAACAAAGUUUAGUGUUUAUGAAGAGCAUAUUUUGUAAUUUGAUUAUUAAUUAAUUAAUCUAUUGAUUAAUAAAUGGGCUAUUGAUUAAAAGGAAGAUAUCAAAUUUGUUUCAACCAAAUUUGAUUUCAAGAGAAUGCUCCUAUUCCCAUUGGUCACAAUUUUAACAUCUGUGUUAAAAGUGUUCUUCUUUGGUAUUGGUUCAUGCAUCAGUUAUGGUUCAUUAAGAAAUGAAGUACUGACGAAAUUUGGAUAGCACUCAAGAAAGUAGAGGUAUCUAUAGUAGAUCUCUGCUACACUUUGAGCUGUUCUUGUGCAUGAUAUGUGCUUCUUAAACUUACUGCAUGCGUCAUCUCGUGAUGAAUGCCAAGAACUGCUUUUAUGCUUCUCCUAUGCUCUCCUAACUUACUGCAUGCUUCAAAUAUUAUCAAAUGCCUGCUGGUGCUAGAAUCAAUUGCUAUGUAGAGAUUUACUUUGUAUACCUAAAAUCAGAAUCGAUCUUCUUGAGCCAGAAGUACUUUGCUCAAGGUAGAGGAUUAAUUAAUCAAUUUUAAUCACUGAAUCAAUUUUAAAGUUGUGUUUAUUUUUCAGAUAUUGGAUUUGAGAUCCCUGAUAAAUUUGUGGUUGGGUAUGCUCUGGUAAGUUGAUUUGCAUGCUCUGGUAAAUUGAUUUAAACCAGUAAGCUAAGGAUUUGUGGGAAUUAAAUUCAGCCAGUGUAAGUAAAAUGUAGAGGCAGUUGUUGCCUUCUACCUAAAAGUAUGGUUUGAAGACAAGAAUUGAAAGUGUCUUUAGGUGGUAACAAGAGUUACUACUGGUGGGAUGUGCAUUUGUAGGAUGGGCCUUCCAGCUAGUAACCUGACUUAACUUGUACCUUCUGCUUUGUGGAGAUGUAUUCUAUUGAGGGCGAGCUAGCUCCCUCAGAAAUUCAUUAUAUUCUUUGAAAACAUUCCAACUUUGUAGCAUUAUCAGGUAUCAUUCUUCAGUUGGUGAGAGAAAGAAAUUACUACUGUAUAUAUUUUGAUGAUAAUGUCUGACUUGUUGGUUGAGUUUUCAGUCUUAGUUUGUUUACAAUACCAAUACCUGCACAUGUAUGCACGCUUAUCACACCUUCAUAUAAUGCUUAAAGUAACACUCUCUAAUAACAAUGUAUUUAUCCUGUAGGAUUACAACGAAUAUUUCAGGGAUCUCAAUGUAAGUUGUAUGCUUCUCUUUGCAGUUCAUAAUAUUUUUUUGGUAAGAUACUUUUAGGUGACACCAGGUUACAUGGGAAGUUUUUUUUCUCUUUAACAGCAUAUAUGUGUAAUCAAUGAGAAUGGAAAAAAGAAGUAUGCUAUUGAAUCAUAAAGAAAGCAGCUGAUAUCUACAGACUGUCCUAACCAGACCUUUCCAAUGAAAAGCCAGUUGUGAUCAAACACUCUCAUCCUUUGACUUCAUGAUGAUGCUGUGGGUCAACUCCCAGUAAUCUUCCUCACAGAAACAUCAGGCAUGAUCGUAAAACAAACGCUCUCGCG